CUCUUUUUCUUUUUUUCUUUUUUCUUUUAAUAAACUUUCCUUCUUCUUUACUUUUUUUCUUCACUCAUCAAACACAAAAAAAAGACCCCCCAGUCCAAUGCCAGAAGCCACGAAAACGAGACGAGCGUCUUCCUUGGCAAAUGCAGGCGUCCCAUCCUCAGCACCCAAGAUAUCCACCACUCGAACAACGACACGCACGUCACCAACAGCCAGUGGCACCAGAGCAACGACUGCGACAGCGCCUGGUCGUGUCACAGCUUCGGCAGCUCGGAGUGGCACUACGACAGCCCCCUUGAGAACGAAGCCUUCAGGUACAGCAACAACGGCGACCACCGGUGCCCGUCGCCCAUCCGCUGCCACGGGCUCGUCACCUUCAACGAGUCGUGUCAGAGCUACUGCUGCUGCUGCUGCUACUGCUGCUGGUGAAAGAACUUCUUCAUCUACAGCAACCGGGGCAAGGCGGACCUCCACCGCAGGUACAACGACGACGUCAGCCACUCGUCGGCCUUCAGCAGCAGUAGCAACGACCCCAGGCUCAAGUAUCAGCGCAGAGUUCAAGGCAGAAAUUAAAUCCUUGACAGAAAAGAAUGAAGAAACCAACAAGACCCUGAAAGACAAACAGACACAACUCGAGGCCCGAGAGGCUGAGCUCGAGGAGAUCAAGGCUGCCAAGGCCGACGUACAGAAGCAACUGGACGAACAACAGGAGAUCUUGGCCAAGCAGACCGCCGACCUUCGUGCGCAAGUCGACGCGCUGGAGAAAUCCAAUCAAGAACUCACGACCAAGACGGAGGAGGCGGCUCGACAACACGACCAGCUAUCCAGCGAGAAACAGCAAGAGCAUGAAAAGGCGCUCGAAGAGCUCCGUGAAAGCAUGGAUGAUUUGCGCGACAAGCUGGAGGAAGAGAACAAGCAGCUGGAAGAGCAGCUGAUUGUCAAGGAAACCGAGAUCCGGAAACUCAAAAAGGAUUUAGAUGAGCUUCGUGACAACGUCCAGGAAAUGCAUAAAUCGCAUCAGACUCGGAUUACCAAUUAUAGUAAUCAGCUGAACCAGCAACAUGCAGAGCAAAUCGAUCAACUGCGGAAAGAGUAUGAAGAAAAGCUGGCCGAGUUGCAAAAGAAGCUUCCCGACGACAGUGUACAGGCUGUCUUGGAAGAGCAAAAGGCUACGCUCGAGGCAAAGCUAAAGGAUGCGGAAAAGGCGACUGCUGAUCUAAAGCAAGACUAUGAGCUCAAGCUAAAGGGACUACAAGACGAGCUGAACAAGCAGACCAAUGUGCUCAAGACGGGUCACGAGCAGGGUGUCCAGAAGAUCAUUGACAGUCACCAGGACGAGCUCACUACGUUACGCAAGAACCACGAUGCAAAGAUCAAGACGCUUGAAAAAGAACACGCUCGGAUCCUUGGUGAUGCUCGACAACAGCUUGACCAGGCAGCCAAAGCGAAGGCUGAGCUUGAGGCAACACUGGAAAAGCAGCACACCGCUUUGGAAGAUAAGCACCAAAAGGAGCUUAGUAAUGCCAAAUCCGAACAAGAGUCCAGGAUUACACGGCUGCAAGAAGUCAACCGGCUGGCCAUGAGCCAAGUUGCCACUCUGCGUGCCAAGAUCGGAGAUACAAAAAUCGAAAUGGAAAGCAAACUGGCUCAAGAGCGUACCAAAUCCCAAAAACAAAUGGAACAGGAGCAUGCUGCAAAGCUCGAAGCACUGGCCAAGGAGCACGCCUCCGAGCUAAAGCAACAGGCCGAGUCGCACCAGGACACAUUGCGUCAGCAGCUGGAGCACCAUGAACGUGCGAUGGAACAACUGAAAAACUCCCAUGACAAAGCAGCGGAAGCAUCGACACGUAACUCAGCAACGGCACAGACCCGGGCCGACACCGAGCAGCGUCUGAGAGCGGAACUGGAGCAACAGGUUGACAAGCUCAAGGCCGAACACCGCCAGAUCAUUGACCAAAUGCAAGGGCAUCAUGCACGUAGCAUUGCUCAGCUCGAAGCCACAUUAAAGCAAGAAGCAGACAAACACGCCAAGCUGACUGAGCAGCACAAGCAGGAGCUGGAGCGCUUCAACGCAGAACGAGUGGGCGAUGUUGCGGAAAUCAGAAAAGAAGUCGAGUCGGCCCUGAAAGACAUGCAUGCCAAAGACUUGCAGCAAUUAACUGCGGAGCAUGAGUCAAAGAUGAAUGAGCUCAAGCGUGAGCAUAUCCUGCAACGGGACCGCGAGAAGGCAGCACAGCAAGAACAAUGGAAGCAGUGGACCAAUGAGCGACAGAAGCAGCAGCAACCUCUUGAAAAGUCUAGAACGAACAGUGCAGAGGGCAUCGCCAUCUUUACUCCCUCGGAGCAUCAACAGCAGCAGCAGCUUCAGACAAGAGAGGAAAGCCAAGAGAAACAACAACAAAAGACAAACGCUGGUACCACCGCUAAAACGGCUGGCGAUGGCGAUGAUACCACGUAUAUCACGCGACAGGAGCACGAAGCAUUGAUCAAGCAAUUGCAAGACAAACACGCGCAUGAGUUGUCAACAAGGACAGCAGCAGCAGCAGCAGCAGCAGCAGCAGUGCUGUCAAAGGAGCCGCAUCAUGGCCAUGAUGAUGAGGAUGAUGAUGAGAGUCGUGGCGGAGAAAGGAUUGAAAUGGCGCCAGCGGAAAAGAUUUCCGAACAGGAGGGUGGUGAGCGGUUGCGCCAAGAAUACCUAAAGACCAUCGAGGCAUUGCAUGUGGCGCAAGAGCAGGCCAAGGGCACAGAGGAGCAGCAUAAACAGCGCAUUUCCAGCAUGGUGGAUGCGCACGCAGCAGUCUUGGCAGGGUUACAAGAGCAAAUCAGGAAUGCAGAGGCCAGGCGUCAUAAGGAAAUGCGCAUGCAGCAGAGUGACACGAUCACGGCGGAACUGGAAAGCAUGGCCGCAUCGCUGGCCGAAUUGCUGGAGGGCAAAGAAGACACGGAUGCAACUGGCACUACCUCAAAGAAGGAACUGGCGGCCUUGCAGACUAGGUUUCAGGACCUCAUCCAAUUGACAAUGGGCACCUGCUCUCUUCCUCCAGGCGGGCAGCAGCAGCAGCAGCAGCAGCAGCAGCAGCAAGACAAGACAGGCUUUGCCGAGCAUCGACCGCAGCCAAGUGCAAACAGCACAAAAAACGACAGCAGCAGCAAUAACAGCGGCGGCAAUAACAGCGCAGCAGCAGCCACAGACAAAGAGGUAGCACGGCUCGCGAUAGGUCGAGGGCAAGAGGUGUAAUUACCAGGGGGCGGGCGAUGAAGAGAGAGAGAGAGAGAGAAUGAGAGGGAAAGGCGAGAGAGCGAGAGAGGAAAAAGCAAGAAGUAUUAGCGCACUGUUCCCCAAACCCUAAUUUCUGACGAGGCAACCAAUCACAAGACACUUGCGCGCACAUAUACAAACCACAUGCGCUGCUGUCUAUUUUUAGCUAGUUUCACAUUAAAAACAAAAAAAAAAUGCUAUUUUUCCUUUAUAUAAGAAGACGCUACAUCUCCCCCUUCAGCCCUUUCUCCCCCCAACCUUUUUUUUUUCCUUUUCGUGGUAUAACUUUAUCUGCUAGACUAUCGAAUCAAGCACACACACACACACACACACACACAUAUUAACAGCCAUAUAAAUUAGCCUCUUUUUCAACCAAAACAUAAAGCACAAAGAGUUUCCAUGCUAAAUGAAAGCUUUCCACGCAAAUUCAACGACUAGCAACAACAAUAACAAC